CUACAAAUACGUGGAGUGCCUUCUCUUCACUCUCGCUACUACUGCAACUACUCUCAUCGAUUCUCUCUCUGUUCAUCUCAAGCUCUUCAUCCAUGGCUACGAUCCAGUCAGUUAAGGCGAGGCAGAUCUUCGACAGCCGUGGCAAUCCCACCGUCGAGGUCGAUAUAGUACUUUCUGAUGGUACUUUGGCUAGAGCUGCUGUUCCCAGUGGUGCCUCUACCGGUGUGUACGAGGCUCUUGAGCUGCGUGAUGGAGGCAAAGACUACCUUGGAAAGGGUGUGUCGAAGGCUGUCAACAAUGUCAACUCAAUCAUCGGCCCUGCUUUGAUCGGCAAGGACCCAUCUGAGCAGACUGCCAUUGAUAACUUUAUGGUUCAGCAGCUCGAUGGAACUGUUAAUGAGUGGGGUUGGUGCAAACAAAAGCUUGGUGCAAAUGCCAUAUUGGCCGUGUCUCUUGCAGUCUGCAAAGCCGGGGCUAGUGUCAAGAAAAUUCCUCUUUACAAGCACAUUGCCAAUCUUGCUGGCAACAAGAAUUUGGUGUUACCUGUUCCUGCUUUCAAUGUCAUCAAUGGAGGAUCACAUGCAGGAAACAAACUUGCCAUGCAGGAGUUCAUGAUUCUUCCUGUUGGAGCUUGCUCAUUUAAAGAGGCCAUGAAGAUGGGUGUGGAAGUAUAUCAUAAUCUAAAGUCUGUGAUUAAAAAGAAAUACGGUCAGGAUGCAACCAACGUCGGUGACGAAGGUGGAUUUGCUCCCAACAUUCAGGAGAACAAGGAAGGUCUUGAAUUGCUUAAGACUGCCAUUGAGAAGGCUGGAUACACUGGAAAGGUUGUCAUUGGAAUGGAUGUUGCUGCAUCUGAGUUUUACGGAACAGAUAAAACCUAUGACCUGAACUUCAAGGAAGAGAAAAAUGAUGGUUCCCAGAAGAUUUCCGGAAAUGCUCUCAAGGAUCUCUACAAGUCAUUUGCGUCUGAGUACCCUAUUGUCUCAAUUGAAGAUCCCUUUGACCAAGAUGAUUGGGAGCACUACUCCAAGAUGACAGCUGAAUGUGGAGAGCAAGUACAAAUUGUCGGAGAUGAUCUAUUGGUCACCAACCCCAAGAGGGUUGAGAAAGCAAUCAAGGAGAAAAGUUGCAAUGCUCUUCUUCUGAAGGUGAAUCAAAUUGGGUCCGUAACUGAGAGUAUUGAGGCCGUAAGAAUGUCUAAGAAAGCUGGGUGGGGUGUCAUGGCCAGCCACAGAAGUGGAGAAACUGAGGACACUUUCAUUGCUGAUCUUUCUGUCGGUUUGGCCACGGGUCAAAUCAAGACCGGUGCUCCCUGCAGGUCAGAGCGUCUUGCCAAGUAUAACCAGCUCUUGCGUAUUGAGGAGGAACUUGGUUCAGCAGCAGUCUAUGCCGGAGCAAAGUUCCGUGUGCCAGUCGAACCCUAUUAGAACAUGGAAGUGCUUAAGUGCCUGAGCGGGAUUUGAGAAAUCGGCGGUUCACAUCGUGGUGAAUAAGUUUUACAUGUAGAAUGGCUUAGUUAUAUGGAACUUGAAUCCCUUUUCCCAAUAAUCUUCAGCCGAAGUUUUGUUUUGAGAGCUUGAACACAGUGUUGUACUGAAGUCUUUUAAGCAAGUUUGACUGUGAAUUUUCGAGUUGCUUUUGAAAUUUACUACUACUAGUUUGACCGACUGAAA